GGCCCGGGGCGGCCAUGACCGACGCUGCGCUGCUGCGGCCGCCGCCGGCGCCGUGAGGGCGCGGGGGGCACCGACCGGCCCGGCCGCCGCAUGGAGGCGCAGGAGGAGGCGCGGAGGCGCAAGCUGGAAGCAGGCAGGGCUAAGUUUGCUCACUUCAGACAGCGAAAAGCAAAGGGCGACGUCGCGCAGCCGCAGAAAAAGGCGGCGAAGAGGAAGGGCUCGGCUGUCCACACGCAUGACCUUCCGAAGGAAGAGCACCCAGUAGCAGCCAGACAUGCUGGGAAGGGCUUAGAGGCUCAGGCUGGAGACACCAGCCUGCCAGAGGCACCAACAGAGGCACAGGGCAGCACUGAUUUGUCUAGCUGGGAGUCACUGGAUGAUCAUGCAACUGAAAACGCUGGGAUAAAUCCUGCAGAGUACAGCGAGGCUGAUGCUCAGGUGUGCCAGGGGAGGAUAGCUGAGCUGGAGAGCAGGCUGCUGGAGAAACAGGAGGCAGUGGAGAGACUCACUGUGCAGAUGGAUGAGCUGCAGGACCAACUCACCCAGCACAACGAUUCCAUGCAGCUCCAGGAAAGCACAGUUCAGGAGCAGAAUGAAAUCAUCAGGAAGUUAACCAGCUGCCUCCAGCAGGCCAAGAAGGACCGGGAUGAGCUGCAGGAGGAGGCUGCACGUGUGGCUGGCCAGAUCCACGAUUUACAGCUCCAGUUACAUCAGGUUACUGAGCUGCUGAGGAGUAAAGGUCUCAGGAAAAAGGAAGGAUUAGAAGCCCAGCAGCAAAUGUCCUUGUUUCAGGAUCGUCUCAGAGAGCAGAAUGCGCACUUGGAGAGUCUGCGUGAGAAAGCACAUGACCUGCAAGUACAGCUGGAGUCUUCCCAAAAGAAUACCAAAGAUAAAGAAAAUCUGCUUGCCCAAAUGGAAGAGGAUAUGAAAGAUACAGUGCAAAAGCUACACAAAAGCAUAGAUGAAAAAGAGCAAUUUAUUAAAAGUCUUCAAGAUCUACUGACAUCAGAAAGAUCUGGCUUGUCUGUACUACAGCACACACUUUCUCUUCAGGACUCAGAAAUAACAGAAUUAAAAAAAGAAAUUGCUUUAUCCAAAGUGAAAGAACAGCAACAUAUUGAAGAACUGAGAAUCAGUCAUGAGAAGGAUAUUUGCAGACAGUUGGAUAACUUGAGGAAUGAGCUGGAGAUGUGCCACAGAAGAGAGAUUGCCGAAGCCAAGCAGAUCUAUGAAAAAGAAAUUAUUUUAAAAUAUAAAAAUGAACUUGAGCAGUUCAAGAAGGAACUCUAUGCUUUGAAUUCUGAUGAAAACAUUCAGAAUUUGAAUGGCAUAAUAAUUGACUUAAAUGUAAGGCUUCAAGAAUCUGAAAUUGGUAAGGAAAGUUUGAGGAAGAAACUAGAAAACCAACGGGAAGACUUUCAGAGGGAAAAAUCUGAAAUAGAGACUAAAUACAAGGAUGUAAUUGAUGACCUUAAGUAUCAACUUUCUUCUGCAGAAGAGAAAGCAAAGGAAGCCCAGCGAUAUAAAAAAGAAAAACAGUCCUUGAAUGAAGAGAUUCAGAAGCUGAAUUCCUACAUCCAGGAAUUAAGUGAAAAGCAACUUUAUGAGGCUAAAAAAUGUAUAGGUGUAAGGCAAAAUCAUGAUGGAGAGAUUGUCUCCAAUAAACAGUUACUGGAAUUGAGGGAAAAGCAGGUUUUAUCAGGGAGGUGUCAGCUGCAGGGAGUGGGUCUGGAGGAGGUUUGGGACAGAGCAUGCCAGCUGGAAGGCAGGGAUGAGCCAGUGUAUCAGCCAGAAGUGGAGUUCCAGUCUGACUCCUCAAGGGAUCAGUUAGAAGAAACAAGGAAUUUAGAGAUCAUGAGGGAUAAUGGAGGUGGUGAGGGGGAGAACCUGUCUGAAGAACCCUUGUCAGAGCUGGGGCUUCUCAGUGGUGAUGAGGGUAUAUUGGAUAAAUACCUCAUUGCCACAGAAACUCCAGAGGACUCCUAUGGCUCCAGCUCUUGGGAGGGCCCUGCCAUUGAGGAGGGCAGAUGCAAUAUGUGUGGGUUAGACAGCAGUGUGCUCCUAGAACCCAGCAGAGAGUUUGUGUCUUCUUCAUUAAACUGUAGCCUUGAGGAGGGGACCUGUCUCAGUGCCUUGGCUCAGGACCUUUCUGGAGAGGCAGAGGUGGGAGCAGAGGCCUUUGUUUCACGUGUGUCAGAUGGCUCCCUGCAGCAAAACAAAACUGGGGAGCACGGUGACACAGAGGAUGAGAUGAUGUGUUUGGCAGAGAGACAUCUGAAGCCAGCUGAGCUGCUCCAUCAGGAGGCAGCCUUGGAAAUGCCUUAUCAGGACACCCAAGGAGCUGUUGGAAACUGGGAAGAAGCCAUGUCUGAGCUCUCUCAUAGGCAUGCAGAACUGGAGGAAGAACAUGAAGCACAGAUCUGUUGUGAAAAAGCACUUCAGAGAAUGGAGAAGGAGAAAGAACUUGCAAACAAACACAUGCUUCUACUAAAGCAGCAGGGUGAGGGUGGAGGCCAGCCAUCCCUAACCCAAGGGUCAAACCCCUCUGUCUGGCUAGAAAUGGUGAAGGACCUCCAGGAGGAAAGGGACAUGUUGGUGAUGCAGCUGCGAGCUCAGGAGCAGUCAGUGAGAGAUGCUCAGGGGCAGAACACAGCUGCUGGUUCUGGGACAGGCCAAGGGCAGGCUCCUUUUGGCCAUCAGCUGGCAGCUCUGCAAAGCCAAAGGGAUGGGAUGCAAAGCCAGCUUGAUGCUCAAAGGGCUAAGAAUCAGAGAAUAGCAGAGCUGUUGAGUCAGAAAACCAUAUCUGAAGAGACAUUGCUAAAAGAACUGGAGUUGCUCAAAGCUGAAAUCAGUAAUAAAGAAGAAAAUUUAAUGCUUUUGUUGAAGGAAAAAACAGCCUUAAGAGAGAGACUAUCCAAUGUGGAGGAGGAUCUGUUGAAAGCAGAAAAAGCAUUAGCAGAGAAUGCUGGCAUCAUUGAGGACCUUGAGAAAAACAUCCAUGAGCUUAAUGCUGAAAUGAAAAACAUCAAAGAAAUACAGCGGCGUGAAAGACUGAGCUAUGAGGACAGGUUGAACCUCAGCAACCAAGAAAUUACUAAACUAACUGCUGAAAUAAAGGAAAAGAUUACUGAAUACAGUGAGGAAAAAAACCAGUUGACUGAAGAAAUUACCCAGUUGAAAAAGGCUCAUUUGGAGCUUGAGGCUCGCUUGCAGGAGUCCUGUCAGGCUGCCCAGGAGGCUCAGUCCAAGCUGGAGAAGCAUUACAAGGAGGAAAUGGAUAAGAUGGAGACUCAGCACCUUGCUGAAUUAACUGAAGUGAGUUUGGCACAUGAGAGAGAGAUUAAAGAGUUAAAUGCUGAAAUAAAAGACAAAGUGGAAGAGCAACAGAAGUUGGAAGAAAAAAGAAAGGAAGAGAUUGCUGUGAUAAAAAAGGUUCAUGAACGGGAGCACGAUCGGGAGAUCGCUGAGCUGGCUGCCAAACACGCAGAGCAAAUGGAGAAGCUCCGUGCUGAGCUCAGGGAGGAGCAGAGGCACCUUUUAGAUGAACUCCAGCAGCAAAUGGCAGCCACACACAGAGCAGAGCAGGAGCAGGCUCAGCUCCAGUCCCAGACACUGCACAGCCUUGAACUGGAAGCUUUACGCCUGACCUUAAACAAUAUGCACACCUCUCAGCUGGAGCUUACACAGUCCAACCUGAGGAAAGAGAAGGAGACUGCCCUCAUGGAGCUGCGCGAGAUGCUCAAUGACAAGCGUGCUCAGGAGGUCGCCCUUCUGCAGAGCCGCCACCAGCUGGAGUGGGAGAGGAUCAAAGAGCAGUGUCUGAAGGAAAAAGAAGACCUUGAGUCCAAGUAUCAGCAAGAGCUAGUUGACCAGAGAAAGAAAAUAGAAUUGGAAAUGGAAGAGACACAUGUCCAGGCAUUAGAGAUUCUCAAAAGAGACUGGGAAUUGGAGUCUGAUAGACGUUUACAAAGUGUGUGUGAGGAGCUGUGUGGAAAACAUCAGGCUGAGAUGAUUGCACUGCAGAAAUCUCUGGAAAUGGAUCUGGAGAAAGUCAGAGCAGAGCUGGGGCUUCUUUCUGUAGAGAAUGUGCAAUCUAAAAUGAAAUGUAUAGAAUUGGAGAGGCAACACCAGUUAGCCAUCUCAAAGUUACAAGAACAGCUGCAGGCUGAACAUAAUCAACUCCUAGAAGACAUAAAGAUGAAAAGCCAAGAAAAAGAACAGGAUCUUCAGAAGGAACUGGACCAGCUUCAGGUCAAGCAUGAGCAACUCAAGGUUCAGUCACAAGAAGAAAUGAGGCAGCUUUGGUCUCAGCUUGACAGCACCCGAGCAAAUCGGCAAGAGCUAAGUGGUGGGGAGACCAGAAUGCAGGCCCAUGGCCCAGAGCUAAAAGAGCAGCUCCUGGCUCGAGCAGCACAGGUAGAAGAAAUAGAGUGUUUAAAACAGGAGUUUGAACAGCAGCUUCAGCAGAGAAACAGGGAGCACAAAGCUGAAUUGGAACAACUGAGACUUCAUUUUGAAAACAAGUUAAAUGUUGCUGAGGAAAACUACAAAAAGGAAUUGACUUUGUUGCAUCAGAAGCCACAAGAGCUGUCAGACUCUUCGCUGCCAGAGUUGGAAAUGAGUCAAGAUCAAGCAGGGGACAGCAGGUCUUCUGUCGCACUUUUUGAAGAGACUGCUGAGAAAGAGACAAGUGUUGCACUUGACCAGCUAAACCAACAACUUGAACAACAACAGGAAGAACUUGCCUGUUUGCAGCUACAACUUACAGAACAACACAGGCAUGAAUUGGAUUCCUUGAGAUCCUCCCUUGCACUUCAGUAUAAAGAGGACCUGAUGAAAAUGAAGAUGGAUCUGUCAGACAAAUAUGCCACAGAAAUUGAGGCCUUGAAAAGAAAGCAUGGUUUAGAACUUGAGCAGCUCCAUGCCCAACUUUCAGAACAACAGUCUAAAGAAAUCACCAAACUGUGUCUGCAGAGUGUUCAAGAUGUAGCACGCCAGGUUGAGGUGGAGGUGGCUGAGCGAGUGUCUGUGCUGGAGGAAGAGCACAAAGCCAAGCUUGCUCUCUUCAAAUCUGAGCAACAGCACAUUGCAGAGCUCUCAGAGGAAAUAAGGCACUUAAAGGAAGAGCUUACAAAACAAAAAGAUUGUUCUGAGCAGAAUGAAAAGCAUCUGAAAGAAGAAAUGGAGAAGGUAAAAUGUAAAAUUGCUGAGGAUCACAAAAAGGAAUUAAGAGAAGAAGUCCAGAAAAUAGAGACUAUGUACAAAGAAAAAGAGAAGAAAUGGCAAUGUGAAAGUGAGGCCCAGAGAAUCCUAGCAGAAGAGAAGUUAGCACUAUUGCACACAGAACUGCAAACCAGAGCAGAAUCUGAGAAGCAGAACUUACAAAAACAGUUUGAACUCCGUGAAGCUGAAAUGAUUCAACUUCAAGAUCAGCAAGCUGCCAAAAUUCUGGAGCUGGAGAAGCUGGUGAAGGAGCAGCAAAACAACUUGCAGCAGCUGGAGGACAGCCUUGCAGGUGCCCAGGCUGUGCAGAAAGCUCAGCAGCAAUAUGAAGCUGAUCUGGAGGCAGCCAAAGCCCUCAUGGCAAAAGAAAUGGAAAAGGCCACACUCUGCCUGCAGGAAGAAUGUGCACUGAAACUCCUGGAAGCACAAAACAAGUUUAUGGAGGAGCACAAAGCAAUGGCUCAGAAAUUCACGACUGAGCAAGAGAUUCUUCUCCAAAAGCUGAAAGAGAAACAUGUGGAUGAGCUGGAACACCAAAGUCAGCAGUUAGAGGAGAAGCAUAAGCAGCAGAUUUUGUCUUUGACAGCGGAUUUGCAGGCAAAACACCAAGCUGAAAUUGAGACACUUAAAUCUACACUGGAAAGCAAACAGCAGAUUCAGCUUGAAAGUUGUGUUGCUGAACUACAGGCGAAGCAUCAGGCCCAAAUUGAUGAGCUGGAGGUUAAACACUUAUCAAAUCUGGAUUCCUUGGAGUCUUCCUACCUAUCUGAAAUUCAGACCAUAAGAGAUGAGCACUGUAGGGCUCUGCAGAAGCUACAGCUGCAGCACAGGGAGCAGCUCCAAGAGCAGGAUAAAAUCCAUCAGGCACAGCUGCUUCGGGAGAUUGAGAUGCUGAAAUUGAAGCAUGCUGAAGAACUUCAGCUGUCCCAAAAUAAUUUGAAAAUUGAGCUGGCUACUGCUAAUAUGGAAAAGCUUAAAACCAUGGCUCUUGAAGCAGAAGAAGCUCAUAAGGAUGAUCUGAACACAGCUCUUCGAAACCAAAGGCAGUUGCUGGAAGAGGAAAAACGUCUGGCUCUGGAUCUGUUACGUGAGCAGGUGUUGCAGAUGGAGGAGAGGCACAGGAAAGCACUCCAGGAGCUUCAGGAGCUUCAUGAGGCAGAUAUUAGCAAACAUAAGGAACAGUUUUCCAAGGAGCUGGAAGAAGAACUGGGGAAACUGAAAGCACAGCAUGAACGAGAGCAAGAGCUGUAUGCUUCUGCAUCAGCCUCUGAAGUAAAAUCUGUGAGAACAGCUCUUCUGGCUCAAUUUGAGGAGGUAAAAUUGAAGCAGCAGCUCCAGUUCCAGGAGGAGAUUGAGCUGUUGAAGUGUCAGUCAGAGUUGCUGCUGGAACAGCAGAUUGCACAGCUGAAGGAAGAAUUUGAAGCUGAAAAGAAGGCAUCACUACAUGACCAGGAGCAGAUGUUGAUUCAGGAAAGGGAGAAGGCACAGGCUGCUCACCAAAAGGAACAAGAAAUGUUGUCAGCCCAGCUGCAGGAAAGAGCAGCAAUAAUUAACCAGCUGGAAAAGGAAGUGGCCUCUUUCAAGCAUGAAAUAGAGGAGACCAAGUCUGAACUGAAGACACUCCUUCAGUGGCAGGGCAGGGAAAACCAAGAAGGAGAAAAUUUGCUGGCCUUGCUGAGGUCUGAUAUUGAGCACUCUAAGGAGGAAAGGGAAAAACUGCGUGAGUCUUAUCAGCACGUUUUGAAACUGCUGAUGGAAGUGGUGAAGGCCACAGUAGUUAUUGAGGACCUUAUCUGUAGCAAGAUUGGGCUUUGCCUUGAUGACAGUCUGGCUUCUGGAGAUUCUAAAGAAGCUCAGAGUAUGAUGGAAGAAAUGGGAUUCAUGCAGUAUUUCAAAGCCAAAGAAAACCAUCACCUAGAAAAGGCUUCCUUGUUUGCAGUAGAGGAGCUGCUUGAUGAGACUCUCACAGAAGACAACCAGCAGUCUCCAGGGACUGGUGAGGUGUCUGAGUUGAGCCAAUACUUAUGUGAAAGCGUUUUUGCAAAGCCAGAAUUGGCGUGUGAAAGUGAAGAAGCGAUACUGAAAAUUUGUCAUCGUUUGCGCACUGCAGUGGAGAGACUUCUGGAACUGGUUACAGAGUCAACUAAACAACUGGAGAAGAUGCAUGAAAACCACGCUCAGUUUGAGGAGGAGUUCAGCCGCCGCAAUCGCGAGACGGCGCAGGUGGUGAGCCAGCACCAGGAGCUGAUGGAGUGCCUCAGUGAGGAGAGUGAGGCCAAGAACCAGCUGGCACUGGAGCUCCAUAAGGCAGAGGGCAUUAUUGAAGGCUACGUUGCAGAAAAAGCUGCGUUGGAAGAGGCCUUAAACCUGAAAGAGGAAUCUGAGCGUCGCCUUGUUGUGGAGCUGGAGAACAUGAGGGAACGCUUCCAGGAGCUCACCCAGGAGCAGGCAAUUCUUGGUCUUCUCAAGGAAGUAGAAUUUUUGUCAAAGGAGAAACUUGAGCUUCAGUGUCAGGCAGAGAAGGACCAUUCCAACCUACGCUCUCAGAUGAAGGUGUUGGAGGUGGAACUGGAGGAGCAGGUGCAAAGUAACCAAGACCUGGCUACAAAGUUACUGGAGAUUACUGAAUUAAAACAGCAAAUUGAAGUGCUUGAAAAGCAGCUCAAAAACCAGCGACAGUUCAUGGAUGAACAAGCCAUAGAAAGGGAACACGAACGCGAUGAUUUUCAGCAGGAAAUUCAAAAAUUGGAAGAACAGUUAAAACUGUCAGCAAAAUCACAGACUUCAGGACAGUCCAGAGAGCAGAGGAACUAUGAAUUGAUUCUACAGGUAGAAUCUUUGCAAGCAGAAAUCAAAGAGAAGAUGGAUGAUUACAAUAAACUGUUACUAGAAAAGGAGCGAAAACACCAAGAAAUUGCAGCUCGUGAUAAAGAGAUAGAAAAUCUGAUGGCACAGAUCCAAGAGCUGAAGCUCAGUGGUGCUGAGGUCUCCAAGACUGUACACAACUUGGAACAACAGCUGCAGAAAAUGAAGAAAGUGGAAACUGAACUGAAACAGGAUAAAGAGGCAUUGCAACAGCAGCAGUACAAUAACCUGAUCCAGAUCUCUGCCCUGCAGUCGAAGCUGGAUGAAGCAAGGCACCGAGUGCCUGUGGAUGGCAGCUCUGCCCCAGUGCUGAAGGAGCAGCUGCAGGCAGAGCAGGAAGCACUGCAGGCCAAGGAGAGAGAGAUUGCAAGCUUGCUAGACCAAGUGGAACAAUAUAAAGACAACCUGAGCAAGAAAGAUGAGGAGAUAUUGCAGCUGAACUUGCAGUUAGAGAUACAAAAAAACUUGAGUACUUCCAACAUCAUGCAGCUUCAGGCAGAGAAUGCACACUUGCAGGAGGAUCUAACAAAACUUCAUGUGAAGCAAAGCCAGGACCUGGGCAUUAGUGAUUCCUCAGCUUUGUCAUUCCCACAAGCACUGCUUGAAGAAAAGAAUCAAGAAAUUGAUCACUUGAAUGAGCAGAUCAAGAGACUUGAGCAUGAGCUGCAGAAUGCUCUGGAGAACAAAGUUGCAGAAGACCAAAAAGCUGAAAUGGAAGAGCUCAGGUCACUGGUGGAGCACCUUCGCCUUGACCAGGAGAGGCUGCACAAGGACAAGGAGGAAGAGGUGGAGCAGCUCCAUGGGGUCAUUGAGAAGCUUCAAAAAGAGCUGUCACAAUUUGGACCAGUAUGUCAUGAGGAUAGUGACAACCCAGUUUAUUUCUAUGAAAAUGCCUUGGAAAAGUCAGUGGAAAACCUUCAGAAUGAGCUGAAGAAAGGACUGGUGGCUUGUCAAGGUGAUGCUGAUCCAAACAGAAGAAACUCAUCAGUACACUCCAAAGUGAGAGAGCUUCAGGAGGAGCUGGAGCUUGUCUCAGCUUCUAAAGAAGCUCUGCAGCAGCAGCUGGAAAAAAAGGAAUUGCAGCUCAAAACAGAAGUGGAAAUUUUGGAGAAAAAAUGCCAACAGCUGCGAGAGUCAUCAGAGCAGUCUGCUGCAGAGCUCACCUCCCUGAGAAUCCAGCACCAGGCACUUCAGGAAGAAUACAAGGUUUCCCAGAGUCUUUUGUCUCAGAGAGAGGCUGAGACAAAGAUCACUACAUCUCGAGUUCAAGAACUUGAAGACAAGGUGAGAGAAAGGGAAGCAAAUAUUCUAGAGAAAGAGAUGCAAAUUAAGACAAUGGCAGAUCAAAGAGAAGCUGACACAACUGAGCUGCAGUACUUAACAGAAAAAGCAGCAGAGCUCCAAACAGAGUUGGAAAAGAGAGGUGCAAGUCAGGCACAAGAUGUUUACAGUCUUCAAUUAGAAGUUUCUAGGCUUGAUUUGCAGGUGCAAGCACUGAAUCAGAAAGAAGUAGCUUACCUGAGAGAAAUCAAGGAACUGCAGGGGAGCACUGCAAAACUGAAAGGUGAAAUCAAGGCCCACAGGAAAGAGCUCGAAGCCCUACGGUUGGAAAGAGCUGAAAUUCUUUCACAGUUGGAGUCUUGCAAGAAAGGUCAUGAAGAGACUCAAUUUCUCAAGCCAUUCUGCCAGAGUAAAAGAAAAGAUGUAGCCCUUAAAAAUGGAAUGCAGGAAUUAGAAGCAAGUAUUGAUCAGUCAGUUGGAGUACUGGCUUCCCCUACUGCUAGACAGGAAAAAGAUGAAGUUAUGUUUGACUUGACAAUUCACAAUAAAAAUCCAAAAGCACAGAUGAAGCAAUCACAAGAAAAUAACUUGUGCCAGGAGUUGGACAUGAUCCACAGCUCUGAAGGGGAUCAAGAUUUGAAAAAGCAUUGCCAGCAAAUGUUGGAAAUUCAUCCAACUCCUGAUUCACCAAAAUACAAUUUGAGCACAGACAAGGAGACUCCAAAACAUUUCCAGAAUUUAAUUGCAAGUUUGUCUUCAUGGGGCUCGCCUGAGAUCAUGAGAAAGCAAGACCUGAGCAUGGAACUUCAGCCAGUGCUUCACCUGACCCCCUUCUCAGAAGCUGAGAACACAAAUUUUCAAAUUGUGCACUCAAGGUCAUCCCUGCAAGGAGAGAAUUCCAUAUCACUGGGAUAUUCUAACCUGGAUGAAAAUGGCAGUGGGGAUGCAGCAAUGAGAGUAGGUAGAAAAUCUCCAGCUUUCUCUGAAAGUACUUAUUCUGUUGAUGGUGAUGAAGAUAUGGAGAAGAGGCUUCUGCAGAUGAGAGAAGCUGAUAAUCUGACUUUAACCCCUUCUGAUUUACAAGAUGAUGAAAGAUCAAGAGCAUCUGCCAUGAGUGAUGGAAGUGACAGCAAUACCAGCUCAAAUUUGGCAGCUAAUCUAAAGCAGGAGCUCCAAACAUCAGAUCACCUGGAUGCCAAUGUCAUGGCUUACCUGCGGUACCGAGGGAUAAUUCCAGAUAUUAUGGAAUCAAUGAAAGAAAAGGAAAUACUUUCACCACAGAUGAAGGCUGUGCUGAAGAUGGUGUAUGAGGAGAGCCACAAAAUCUUGGCUUUGUCAGAGCAUCCCUUGGCUUUGAGGGAGCUGAAGAACAUCCAUCAGAGCCAAGUGGCAAUGGAGGGCUGGCAGAACGAGGGAUUAUCCCUGCUGGAUGCUAUCCAGUCACUCAAGGAUUACCUCAGCAAGGUGGCAGACAGAGGAGACAAGGAAACAUCAGGUGUUGCUGUUGACUGGAGAGGAGAACUUCUGCAGGCAGUACAGAGUGUGUUUGAGAAGGAGAGAAAUGUGUUGCAAAUCGACUUGAAGUCUCACUUCUCCAAUCCUGCAUCUGGUGACACAAGUUCAUUAGAGGAAAAGCUGGAGUAUAUAAUCAAGCAACAAGAGGAGCAGAGGCAGAUGGUUGUGGAGCACCUCUUCUCCUCAGACAGGAACAGCCUGCUGUCAGAAAUCCAGGAGCUGCGGGCUCAGCUCCGCAUGGCACACCUGCAGAGCCAGGAGAAGCUGCAGCAGCUGCAGGAAACCCUCACCAAGGCUGAGGAUCAUGGCAACAAACAGGAGCACCAGCUCCGGAGGAAAGUUGAAUUAUUGGAAUAUAAACUUCAGCAGGAAAAAUCUAUUGUAAGUGACUUGCACAGCACUCUCUCUGAGGAGCAGAAAAGAUCCUCUGAAACCUGUGAUCUCCUGAAUCAAGAAAAAGCAUCCCUGAAAUCAGAGCUUUCUGGAAGCAAGCAAGAGAAUGAAAGGUUGCAGAAAUCUCUGGAAGAGCUUCAGAGGGAAAUAAAUCAUUUACGUGUUGAAUUGGAAAAAAAAGAGAAGGAUUUGGCAGCUGCACUUGAAGGCUUGCAGGCUGAGCAGCUGAAGGGCUCUGAGCUGCGAGCUUGGUUUGAGGAACAGCAGCGUCAGCAGAGGAGAGCAGAGGAUGAAAAGACAAAGGCCAUGGAGGAGCUGCAGGCUGCCCUGGAUGUGCAGUCGGUGCAGAAGUGCCAGCUGGCCGUGUCCCUGGAGCACGAGAGGACAGUGGCAGACAACCUGCGCAAGGAGCUGCAGAUCGAGCACUCCCGCUGCGAAGCCCUGCUGGCCCAGGAGCACAACAAGCUGAGGGAGCUGCAGAAAAACCUGGAAGCUGAGAAAAAGCGGUCCUUGGAGCUCCUGGAUUCCCUGAACCACGAGCGUGUUCUGACAGAGCAGCUGAGCAUGAGGGUGAAGGAAGGGGCUUCCUGCCAGCACAGGGAGUCCCUGCUGGAGCAGGCCUUUGUCCGAGAGCUCCAAGCCCAGCUGGAAGAGGAGAGGAGCAGAACUAUGGAGCUUGCUGCUGUUAUUGAGAAAAUGCACCAGAAGGCCAUCCUGUCCCAAAGGCAGCUGGAGGCUGAGGUACAGAUGUGCUGUGAGGAAACCCAGAAGGAGAGGGAGGUCAGUGACAAACUGAGAGCCACCCUGGAGUCUCUUCAGACGCAAAAGCAAGAGGUGAUCCGUUCCUUGGAGGCCCAGAGGGAGAGAGAGGUCAAGCUCAAAGUGGACUGGGAACAACUGCAGUCACUCUUCACACUGCUUAAAGAGCAAGAUAAGAACAGGAAAGAGGAGAGAGAAAGAGAGCAGAAACAGCAGCAACAGACAGAGCUACAGAAACAGAAGGACUGGCAGAGAGAUCAGGAGAGACUGCAAAACUUGCAACAGCAACACCAAAGGGAUGAACAACGAAUCAAAGAACUGCAGGAAAUGCUGUCAGUUUUAAGAGAAAAAGAAAGAAAUCCUCCAACUCCAAACUGUCAGGAGGAACUGUUGUGUACCUCAAGCAAAGAUGGAAGUGCCACACAGCCUGUGACAAAGCAAACUGAAAAACCCCACUUGCAGCAGCAGCAACAGCUGGAGAAGAUAAGGCAGCAGUUGCUCUUUGUGGUUAUGCACCUGAAUGAGUUCAUACAUAAAACUCUGGAUAAAACGGUUAAUGACUGGUCUGCAUCAAAUGAUGAAGCUGUGGCCUCUUUACUGCAGACAUUAAGGGAGCUAAAAUCAGAUUUGUCUCCUGCUACAACUCAGGUGAGAUCUACAGGUGAUGCUGCCCCUGUUCAAGAGCUGGAAAGAGAGGCUUGGCAACGAGAGAGGAACAUGCUGCAGAACAUGCUGAAACAGGCAGAAUCCCAGCUGGCUAAAGCCAAUGCUGAAAUUGAAAACAAACCAGUACCAGAAACUUCCAAUCCUAAGUUGCAGAGAUUAUAUCGAAAAUAUAUUCGAGCAGAGAGCUUUAGAAAGGCUCUGGUUUAUCAGAAGAAAUACCUCUUGCUGCUGCUGGGUGGCUUUCAGGACUGUGAGCAGGCAACUCUGUCUCUCAUUGCCCGCAUGGGAAUCUAUCCUUCUGCAGACCUGCAGCUCUCUGCAUCCCACUCCCGGCCCUUCACCAAGUUCAGGUGUGCAGCCAGAGCCAUCAUUGCCAUCUCCAGGUUAAAGUUUUUGGUGAAGAAGUGGAACAAAGUUGGCAGGAAGAGCACACAGGGUGAAAGCAUUUCUCACAGUAUAGGAGGUAACACAGCCUCUGGUGCUAGAACAGAAGUGCUGAAGGAGCAGCAGCCCCCAGCUGGCCCUGUGAGCUCUCCCCCUACGCAGGACAGGGAGCCAGGGCUGUGCCUCAGACCCAGCUGUGCUGCAAGGUUCACCAGCCUCUCCCCACGGUCCUCCCACCGCUCACACAACAGAUUACACACAUCCCCAAGUUCAGCUGCAGACAAGUCCCUUGUGCCACCUCAGGAUGCUGAACAGUCACUCACAGAAUACAUCCAUCGCUUGGAGAUGAUUCAGCAAAGGCUGCGAGGGCUGCAGCCAGGACAAGUGCUAGGUUCACCUCAUCAGAGAAACCUAAGAAAGUGAUGGGAACACCUAGAAAAUCUGUCCUGCAAGUUCCUGCUUCCUCUGAGUUGGUCCUCACUCAACAGAUGCACUUGCAAUCUGCCAUGCAACUGAAUAAAGGGCAGUGCUUUUAAAGCAGAUUUUUAUAUGACUCUUUUUAUUAUAUUUUAGUACUUUAAGAGGGACUUACUUUUCACUAAGAACAAUGUUUUACAUUCUCAUGUGAAAUUAAGUCAACAGCUGAAGUGUGGCUGCAUCGCUGUAUUGUAAGCUGCAAAAAGUCUCUGUGGUGUUUAUUUUUCUAUAGUGUAUAGGUGGAUUCCUUGUAAAAAAAAGUUAUUAAAAUGGCAUUUUAUUAGUG